AAGGCAGAAUCUGAUCUGGAUUAUAUUCAACACAGACUGGAGUUUGAAAUAAUGAAAAGUCUUCCUGAUAAUUCAGCAGCAGAGGAAAAUCCAAUUGCUCUUCUGGAAGAACUCUCAGUGGUGAAAUCUCGUUAUGAAAAGUUAUGUAUGCGGCUGGAAGAAAUUUCCAGAGAUCAGAGAGAGUCCAUGAAGGCCAUCUGUGCUGGUCUGGAGAGCACAAUGAUGACAGUUCGGGUAUUGCACCAACUUCAUGGUCUGGAGGACCUACCUCUGACAAACGAACAGGCGGCAGCACUGCAGUUAACACGCCAAACUGUGAAGAAACAGAAUCACUACCCCCAUAAGAUUGAAGUGGAUACUGUUGUACUGAUGGUCUACUCACAAUUCAAACCACUGACUGAGGUACUUACAACUGUACCAAGGAGUAUCAGAAGUACUGUUAAACUAGCAGACUUGAACAAUUUGUACAGGGAGUUAUUUAACCACUUAAUUGUAAAUAGGAACAAAGCAGCACUGAGCAUUUUGCAGCUGAACGAUAUGAAAGCCACUGACUCAAACAUACGAUUCCUGAAAGCUCCUGUGGAACUUGACAAACAAGGAAAUGUUAAAUUAGUUGUGUAA